AUGGGCCAAAAAAGGGAAUAUUAUGACUGGGAGGACAACUUUCGCUACACCUAUCCCUUGUUCUUCGGCGAGCAGCCCUGGCCCUUCCUUUUUUAUUCCAUUUCCAUGGUUUGAAGUUUUAAAGGCGCAUGGCCUGAUUUUUCGAAAAAGUUUUGAAAAGAAAAGGUUUUUUAGCGUUAUUUUGAGUUUUGUAAGGUUUUUGCUGCAUUUGGACGUUUUAGAAAAAGUUUUUUGAUUUUAUCUUUUUCAAGUUAAGGAUCGAUGAGGUUUUUAAAGGCGCAUGGCCUAGUUUUUUGAAAGAAUUUCGAAACGAAGAGACUUUUUAGCGUUAUUUUUGAGUCUUGUAAAGUUUCUGCCGCUUUUAGAAGUUUCAGAAAAAGUUUUUUGAUUUUUAUCUUUUUUAAUUAAACGAUCGAUGAAGUUUUUAAAGGCGCAUGGCCUUAUUUUUCAAAAGGUUUUGAAAAAAAAGGUUUUUUCAGCGUUAUUUCGAGUCUUGCGAAGCUUGUACCGCUUUUUAAACUAUUGAAAAAAAUGAUUUUUUUAAUUGAAUAUACUGAUUUUUGAGUGAUUCCUGAUGAAAAAAAUGAGCCUUCUGCAAUAUUUGAACUGUUUUUUCUGCUUCAAAAUGUACUUUGAUAUCGAUUUUAGCUUUUUCAGCUUCUUUGACCCCUUAAUUUACUCAAAAAAAUGAUUAAAAUUGUUCAAAAAUUAUCUCUGACUCUCCAUCUUUCCUUAGUCUCUGACGGCUUUUUUGAAUUCGAAAUAAAUGGAAUUUCCUAAUUUUUUUUUUCUGGAUUCUAUAGAAUUAUUACGGGCUCUGAUAGAAGAAAAAAGAAAAAUCGAAUUUUUCCUGGUAAAUAUUCGAAAUUUUUCCAGGUGGUAGUAUCAUUUUUGCUGUUCCGAACGUUGCAAUUCGUCGUGAGAUGGUACCUUUUCGGCAAAUGCACCUACAGGACGUUCAAUUACUUUGGCCUGCGGGCGAAUGCCGGCAGAAAUAGCAGCCGGAACAGCGACAGUCGCGAUUUGUCGGUUGGUUUUUAGGUAUUUCGGAAGAAAAUCGGUCCGAAAUUCGAAAAAUAUCUAUUUUUUCUCGAUUUCGAAAGAAAAUCCGCUCUGAGAAACUCUAGAGUGGUCCCUGAAGGGAGUGGAAUAGCGACCUUUCAAGGUGCCCCUAUAGGGAUCCCUACGCUUUGUGUACAGGAAGAAAUUGAGCUUCAAGGGUUCAGUGAACCGCUCAGAAAGCCCUUUAGGGGCCACUAUAAUUAAGACCCCUAUAGGGAUCCCUUCUCACUGUCUACAGUGAGCACUUAAGGUUGAGAGUUUUAGUGAACCGUUAGAAAAACCCUAUAGGAGCCCCUAAACUUUUGAUCCUUAGAGGGAGCCUUACGCUUUGCCUACACGGAGCACGUAAGCGUUCGGGCCUUAGUAGACGGCUAAGAAAGCACUAAAGGGACCACUAAAAUUUUGACCCCUAUAGGGAUCCCUUCUCACUGUCUACAGUGAGCACUUAAGGUUGAGAGUUUUAGUGAACCGUUAGAAAAACCCUAUAGGAGCCCCUAAACUUUUGAUCCUUAGAGGGAGCCUUACGCUUUGCCUACACGGAGCACGUAAGCGUUCGGGCCUUAGUAGACGGCUAAGAAAGCACUAAAGGGACCACUAAAAUUUUGACCCCUAUAGGGAUCCCUUCUCACUGUCUACAGGGAGCACUAAAGGUUGAGAGUUUUAGUGAACCGUUAGAAAAACCCUAUAGGAGCCCCUAAGCUUUUGAUCCUUAGAGGGAGCCUUACGCUUUGCCUACACGGAGCACGUAAGCGUUCGGGCCUUAGUAGACGGCUAAGAAAGCACUAAAGGGACCACUAAAAUUUUAACCCCUAUAGGGGUCAUCAGAGAAAAUGAGAAAUUUUCGAGAGGUUCCUAUAGGGAGUGUAAUAAGGACCCUCUGAGCCACCCCAAUAGGGGCCCCUACAUCAGGGCUUCGCUUAGAAAUUACUUAAGGGUUCACCAAAGCUUUUACCGCUUAAGGGACCCCUAAGCUUCGCCUAGAGGGAGCACCAAAGCGCUAGGGCUUCAGUAGACCCCUAAGAAAGCACUAUAGGUGCCACUGAAAUUUUGACCUCUUAAGGGAGCACUCAAGCUUCGAGGCUCUAGUGAACCGCUCAGAAAACAGUAGAGGGGCCCCUGAAACUUUGAUCCCUAUAGGAACCGUAAAAUUUACCCUAGAGGGUUCCAUAAAGCAACAAAACCCUAUAGGGACCCCUACACUCGGCUUGUAAAGUCCAUGCGCCGCGAAUUGACAGUUUUUGACUGCCUGCGUCUCUCUGGUCCCUGCUUGCGAGGCCAGAUAUACUUGAAAAUAGUACGUCAAUAUGAGAAGGUUAGACGAGAGACAAGAAGAGAAUUCUCGCCCUUUUAAGUCGUAAAAAUGAGCUGCAGGAAGCACUAUAGCGGUCACUAAAGCUUUGACCCCUAUAGGGGCCUCUCCAAUAUGCCUUAAUCCCUUUUUCCCUGGAAAACUUCGUGAUAUUCUCCUGCUUAAUCCCUCUAGGGACCACUUUGAUAAGCUAAAUCCUUCUAGAACCUCUUAAAGGAGCUUAAUCCCUCUAGGGACCACUUUGAUGAGCUCAAUUCCUCUAGGAGCCACUUUGAUAAGCUAAAUCCUUCUAGAACCUCUUAAAGGAGCUUAAUCCCUCUAGGGACCACUUCGAUAAGCCUAAUCCCUCUAGGGACCACUUUGAUAAGCUUAAUCACUCUAGGGACCUCUUAAAGGAGCUUAGUCCCUCUAGGGACCACUUUGAUAAGCCUGAACCCUCUAGGGACCACUUUGAUAAGCCUAAACCCUCUAGGGACCAUUUUCAUGAGCUUAAUCCCUCUAGGGACCAUUUUCAUCCCUGUAGGAACCACUUUGAUGAGCUUUAUCACUCUAGGGACCACUUCGAUAAGCCUAAUCUCUCUAGGGACUACUUUGAUAAGCCUAAACCCUCUAGGGACCUCUUAAAGGAGCUUAGUCCCUCUAGGGACCACUUUAAAAAUGAGUUUCCAGGCGAUCCCACCCAACAAAAAGUGGCGGAUCUCGAACGAGGCCGUCUCCCUGGGCCAUUCGAUCGUGUCCGGACUCUGGGCGGCUUACGCCCUCCUCUAUUACAAGCAGCUCAUGACCGACCUCGUCUUUUACCGAUGCGAAACGGCCAUCUACCUGGUAUCCAUUCCCAAAAAAAAGAAGGAACCUGAAAAUUUCCAGAUUUUCCUCUCGACGGGCUAUUUGCUCCACGAUUUGCUGGACUUGCUCGUCAAUGAACAAUCGGCCAGAAUCAUCGAAUUACUGUUUCAUCAUGUCGUCGUUUUGUCCGCAUUUGCGAUUACUAUGGUUGGUGCAUGCAGAAAAAGGACGUUUUUUCAGGAAAAGUUGCGAAAAAUUCAUUUCGGCAGUUUAAAAUGUUAAAAUGUUACUUUGUUAAGGUUUUUAGGGCUUCAAAAAGUUAGUUUUUUCGAAAUUUGAUGUAAAAUCUGAAUGGGAAGAGCUUGAAAAAUGCUCUUUUUAAGUUUGAUUUUUUCAGAAUAAGCCUGAAAAAUUCAUUUUGACACUGUAAAAUGUUAAUUUGUUUCAUUAAUAGACUUUUAUAGGGUUUUUAAUGGCUUCAAAAAGUUUGUUCUUUAGAGUUUUUUUGUGCUUUUUUUGAAUGGAGAAAGCUUAAAAAAACUUUAAAAAGGUGUGUUUUUUCGAAUUAAUAGAAUUUUUUUAGGGCUUCAAAAAGUUCAUUUUUUUCGAAAUCUAGUGUAUAUUUUUGAAUGGGAAAAAGCCUUGAAAUUCGAGAAAAAAAUGGCUUUUUGUCAAAGUUUUUUUGUUUGAUUUUUGAUGGAAAAAGCUUGAAAAUUUAAUCUGGCACUGUAAAAAAAGAUUGAUUUUUUUGGUUUUGAGACUCUUAAACUCAGGUUAGUAGCUUUAAGGGAAUUUUUUUAGUAUUCGAAAAAAAUUUCUUUUUUUGAAUAUUUUUGGUGUAUCUUUUUCUUGACGAUUUUUCAUAGGACCUGUGUUUUUCCGAUUUUUAAAUUGGUAUUGAAUUUUUAUAAAACUGUACUAACUUCUUUAAAAAAAUCUCAAAAAAAGUACUUUUUAAACAGACUAAAAAAAUUAGAAAAUAUUGAAAUUUAGCAGGAUUUUUGAGCUUUUUUUCAAAGUUUCCUAGGUAUUUUUUUAACUAAAAAAACCUUUUUUUGAAUGGUAAAUUUUUUUCGAUUUUUUUGAAAUGUUUUUUUCGCAUUAUUUUAAUGUCUUUGCAAGUCUCAUGAAGCUUUUUUUGAAGGGCUCUUGAAACUUUGAAAUCAUGUAAAAUUUUUUUGAAUUUAUCAGGAUUUCAAGAUUUUUUUCGUUUCCUGUAGAUUUUUUUAUAGGGUUUUUUUAAAUCUCUCAAAAAGUUUGUUUUUUUAGAGAAUCAGGGUAUAUUUUAAAUGGGAAAAGCUUUCAAAUUCGAGAAAAAAUGGCUUUUUUCAAAGUUUUUUUGUUUGAUUUUUGAUGGAAAAAAAGCUUGAAAAUUUAAUUCACCGAUGAAAAAGUUGAUUUUUUUGGUUUUUUUCGACUUUUUAAAAUCAAAUACGUAGACUUUAAUGGAAGUUUUAGUGUUCCAAAAAUUUCGGUUUUUUUCAAGUUUUUUUAGUGUAUAUUUUUUUGACGAUUUUUUUCAUAGGACCAACAUUUUUUUAUACGAUUUUUUUAAAAAGGCUCAGCAAAAAAAUUACAAAUUAAUUUUUUUAAUCUUCAUUUCUUCAUUUUGAAAGGGCUGAAAAAAACAUACAAAAAUAUAUGAAUUUGAGCUUUUUUUCAUAGUUUUUUUCAGGUAUUCCCAAAGGGGAGAGCCUUUUUUUCUUUUUGAAUUGAACAUUUUUUUGAUUUUUUUCGAAAUGUUUUUUUCGCAUUAUUUUUAAUGUCUUUGCAAGUCGCAUGAAGCUUUUUUUGAAGGGCUCUUGAAACUUUGAAAUCAUGAAAAAUUUUUUUGGAAUUUAUCAGAAUUUCAAGAUUUUUCGUUUCCUGUAGCUUAUUCUGGCUUGUGCCAUCGAAAAAAUGGGUCCUGACACGAAAAAAAGGGGAUAGUGUCUGAAUUAUGGAGAGUGCCGACAAUCAGAAGCCCCCUUAGCGUCCUAAGCAAGCGAUGAAUAGAAUAUAAGAAUUUUCCACCGAAAAACUGUACAAAAUUCUUUUAAGAAAAUGAAAUAUAUUGAAAAAUGUAUUUUCAGAUCAGCCAAAGGUUCCUCGGCGUCGUGAUUUUCGGUCUCCUGAUGGAACUCAACUCGAUAUUUCUCCACUCACGUAGUUUACUCAAUUUGUGGGUUUUUUUUACGUAGUAGAAAUGAAAAAUUCCUUUUAAGGACCGCUGAAAAAAAAUUAAAAAUGGUCGAAAUUAUUUUUUUUACGAUGCUCCACUUGACGGUGGGAAAAGCCUUUUGAGCUCCUUGAUAAUAUUUUUUGGAUCCCUGGAAGUUUUCCUAGUUGCUUUUUUAGUUGAAAGAUGUGAGAGAGAUGUAAACGUGACAUGAAAAAGACCACCUUAAGGGCCCUUAGAAGCUCAUUUUUGAGGUUUUUCCCGAGUUCCGGAGGCUUCUGAGAGACUCUAGGGAUCACUUAAGGGUCCUGACGCCGCUAAAGUGGUCACUAGAAAUAUUAAGAAGCAUUCGAUUCCCGUUACCAAGGCCCUUGUGGAUUUACAUGCACAUAGGCAAAGUCAAAAAGGGUGGAAAAAGGCUCCAAAAAUGUUCCUGUUUUGAUGCCUUUUUGCGCCUGUUAUGCACCAUUCUUGCUGCCUCUCCCUUUUUCCACCAUUUCUUGAGCCUUUAAAAUGGCAGAAAAAAUGGAAGGCUUGAUAAAGGGAACCUUUUUGAAGCCUUUUUGUUGCCUUUUUGCGACCUUUUUGCAGCCUUUUUUUGACCUUUUUGCUCCCUUUUUGCGGUUUUUUGAGCCUUUCAUCUUCCCGACAUUUCCCGAACAAUUUGACUCUUUUCCCAGAUAUGGAAUCGAUAAAAAAUCGCCCUCUUUCCGCAUCAUCGCCCUACUGAACAUGGUCACCCUGUUUUUCUUCCGCCUCUGCGUCUCGGUCUACCUUAUUUAUUUUGCGGUGAGUUUUGGGGUUUUUUGUAGUAUUUUAACAUGAAGAAGGUUUAAAAAAAAUUAGAAAGAAAUUUUUUUUUGUACGACGUUCCCCUUGACGGUCGAAUUUUGGCUCGAAUUUUUCACUUUUUCAACUUUUGGCCCGUUUUUGGGGAUUUUAGUACGGUUUUAGUAGGUUUCUACCAUUGUGACGGUCGGAAAAAAAUAUAGAAACAAAUUUUUGUACGACGCUCCACUUGACGGUGCAAUUUUCUCGCUUUUUUUACCUUUUUUUGCGGCGAAAUUUGGGGGUUUUUUUAGUAGGAUUUUUAGCAUUAAAAAAGGUCAGAAAAAUAGUCAAAACCUUUUUUUUUUGUACGAAACUUCACUUGACGGUGGAAUUUUUUUUCAUUAUUUUAUUUUUUCGCAGUGAAUUUUUGGGGAUUUUAGUAGAAUUUUAAAAUGUAAAAGUCCACAAAAAUGUUCAAAUUUAUUUUUUUUAUGUACGACGCUCCACUUGACGGUGGAAUUUUUGUCGCGUUUUUUUAUUAUUUUUAUUCAUUUCGCAUUGAGUUUUCUGGGAUUUUAGUAGGAUUUUAGCAUUAAAAAGUUCAGAAAAAUCGUCAAAAUUGUUUUCUCUUGAACGACGCUCCUCUUAACGGUAGAAGAUUGGGGCAAAUUUGCUUUUUAUUCUGAUUAAUUUUACUUUUUUUAGGCUUUUUCAGAAGGGAUGUAAACAUUUUUUUCAGAAAGAAAUUCGUAUUUUAGGCGACUUCGGCGUUCGACCUUCCUUGGUACCAAGCCGUGGUCAAUUCGGUCGUGAUUCUGUCGCUUUUCAUCACGAAUUCCGUCCUCACCUAUCGAUUAAUGGCCGCCGAUGGCCUUUUGGGUGAGAUUGGGCUUUUUUCUUGGCUCAUUUAGAAGAGAUUCAGGAAAAUUGUCCGUAGAGCGCGAAAAAUCACAAUUUUGGGCCUUUUUCUUGGUUAAAUUUUUAAAAAAAGCUAGGAAAAUUGUCCGUAGAGCGAAAAAAAACUUUAAUUUUGAACCUUUUUCUUGGCUCAGUUUGAAAAAAUUUAUUAAAGUUGUCCGUAGAGCGAGAAAAACUUUAAUUUUGAGCCUUUUUCUUGGCUCAGUUUGAUAAUUGUCCAUAGAGCGUAAAAAAUCUCACUUUUGAACCUGUUACCUCAGCUCAGUGAGAGAGAUAAAAUCCAGGAAAGUUGUCUUUAGAGCGCAAAAAAUCCUAGUUUUGAGCCCUUUUCCUCAGCUCAGAAAAAAUCCAGGAAAAUUAUCCAUAGAGCGCGAAAAAUCACUAUUUUGGGCCUUUGCUUUUGGCUUGGUCUGAAAAAAGCUAGCAAAUUUGUUCAUAGAGCGCGAAAAAUCACAAUUUUGAGCGUUCUUCUCGCCUUAGUUUGAAGAGAUUCAGGAAAAUUGUCCGUAAAGCGCGAAAGUUUCAUUUUGAGCCUUAAUUUUUCCGCUCAAUUUAAAGAGAUCUAAGAAAAUUGUCCGUAGAGCACGAAAAACUUUAAUUUUAAGCAUUUUCCAAUUUUGAGAAUUUAUUUUUUGGCUCACACCGUUCAAAAAAAGCUUGGGAAUUUGUCCGUAAAGCGAAAAUAUCUUGAUUUUGAGCCUUCAAUUCUCGGCUCAGUUUGAAGAGAUCCAUUAAAAUUGUGUGUAGAGCGCGAAAAAUCACUAUUUUGGGCCUUUGCUCUUGGCUUGGUCUGAAAAAAUCUAGGAAAGUUGUCCGUAGAGCGAGAAAAAUCUCAAUUUUGAGCCUGUUUCCUCAGCUCAGUGAGAGAGAUAACAUCCAGAAAAACUGUCCGUAGAGCGCAAAAAAUUCUAAUUUAGAGCCUUUUUCUCGGCCCAGUUAAAACAUAAAGCUUGAAAUUUUUCUGUAGAGCGCGAAAAAUCCUAAUUUUUGUUGCAUUAUUCUGGCUCGGCUUGAAAAAAAAAGCUUGGAAAAAUAGUCCAUAGGGCACGGAAAGUCACGAUUUUGAGCCUUUCUUUGACUCAGUUUGAAAAAAAAAAACGUAAAUAUGUCCCUAGAGCGAAAAAAACUCAAUUUUUCAUGUUUCGCCUGCUUUUUUUGAUUUUGUAGCCCACUUGUCACGUUUCGUAACACGUUGGCCUGAUUUUUUGAUUUUUUCACGAAUUUGAGCCUUCCUUUUUCUCCUUUUUUGGUACAAGUUGAACUUUUCUGGCUUUGGAGCGUAUUUAAUUUCAUGACGAAGUUUAAAAGGCCUUUCAGAGGUUUCGAAAGCCUGAAAAAAGUGCGAAAAAUGACCCAAAAGCGCUUUUUUCUCAUUUUCAAGUACUUUGGUCAUCAAUUUCUCGAGUUUUUUGGCUUUUUUUAAUUUUUUUUUUCGCAUGAAAAUGAUCAUGAAAGGCCCUAGAAUGGUCUUUUUAGAUUCUUCCCCACCCUGCAUGAUUUUUCCGUGUUUUUCAUGUCCCUAAAAAUCAGAACGAUUCGGCGUCAAGGCCACCGGAAGAAGCAGAAGAAGAUCGAAACCUAUAAGCUCGGAAAGGACGACCCAGACUUCGGAUAUCGAAGCGAAUCCAAUCAAUACGGCCUUAGAGAAUUCCGAAAAAGAUCCGCCUUCGCCUGAGGAUUCUAAAUCGAGGACUUCUGGGGCUGGAGAUGUGAAAAGGGCCAAGAAUCCGAAUAGAGUCAGCUUUUGUGCCGAUGAACCUCCGCUCUCGGACGACGCCUAUGACUCUUCUUCCACCGAGGAGGAGUACUUUUAUUGAUGGUGAGAUCAUCUUUCUCCCUUGUGUUCAGGAAGAAGGCUUUCACCUUUUUAAACUCUCACCUCUUUUUUUUUCACUCUUAAAGGCAUAGGGGCAGUCGAAAACGGAGUUCCAGGUGGAGGAAGUAUCUUGUAGAGCUUUCUUUGCGAAUCGAACGGUGUAUUCAAAAAAAUUCAAGAUGUGACAUCUUUCAAAGAAAAACGCGAUUCUACUUUCCCGCCUUUAAUUUUGAAAAAAGCUUCGGUGCUCAGACAACUGUUUACAGUAGCCGUGCACGCGAUGUUGCGGACGUCUCAUUAGACUCGCAUUUUGUGUGAAAUAACCGGAUAUCUGCUUCAAAUUAAGAGUUUCUACUCUGAAAAAUCGAUUAAGAAAACAAAAAACACACACCGAUAAUAAAGGAAACACAAAAUAUCGCAAUCCCAAUCGAAACCUCUGUAAAAUCAUCAUUUUUCACCAGAGUAGAUCAAAAUUCGUUAAUUUUAUAUAAAUAGAAAGUUUUCAUGACUAAAAGAACUUUGCUCACAACAGAAAAAAUCGAAAUUUUGAACAAACGAAGAAAAAAGCGAACUCGGACCUUGGUAACGCGAACGCGACGCGAAUCGGACGUGUCGGCGCAUUUCUAGUGACCUCUUUAGUAGCCUUAACGCUCUUAAGUGAUCCCUUGAAUCGCCCAGAAACGUCCUGAGCACGUCCGUUUCGCGUUACCAAUGUCCGAGAUAAUACGAAAAAUGGCAAAGUUGCCCGUAGAGCAACUUUACUGCAAACUUUAAGUCCUUUUGGCGGGAACUCAAAUUUCUCUCUCUCCGUCUUGAAUCAUUUUUUUUUCUUCAAAACUAGGAGAUUAUGUACGUUUCCGAGUCCACCGUUCCAUAGGCAAGAAAGACCUUUAAAAUAUGGCAUAUUCGUCUCCAACCCCAUUUUUUUAGUGCCCCUAUGCCUUUCAAGGUGUGUAGACCUGGGAGGUUCUGAAGUUUUUCCUCAAUCAAAAAAACAUUUCAACUUUAUAAAAAAAUAGUUGGAUUGAAAUCUUUUUCCUUGAUCUUAUUUCCACAAUUACUAGGGUUAAGGGACGAAAUAAGGAUUAUUAUUUUUUUCGGAACUUUAAUUUAGCUAGAUAUAUAGCUUUAAAUUAAUAUAUAUUUUUUUAUUUAAUUUUUAGUUUUUUUCCUGAUUUCAUUGGGAGAUUGAGUUGCCUUUUUUUCUACCUGAAAUUAUUUUUCCUUGAAAUAAUUUCAUUUCUUUCCAGUUCUCAUGAGACGUCGUCUGCUUCUCCAUUCCUUCCUUUUUCUCUCUUUCUCUCGAAUUUAUGUUCGUCAAAAUACUUUUAACUGUCCGUUUGUCGUCGUCCUCCAUGUGGCAUGUUCUCACGGGAAUGCAGCAAUAAAACAUGAUUUUUUGUUGGUUUUUGGUGGAUUUGGGAGUUUUUGAGAGGGGAUCCUUGAAGAAAAAAGGUUUUUUGAGGGAAUUUUGGGUUCUGUGAGCCUUAAAAAUGUUCUUUUCUUUGAAAAAUUGCGAUUUUUCCGGCCAAAAUGAGCAAUUUUUAGGUUUUUUGAGCAUCAUUUUGGCCGGAAAAAAAUCGCAAUUUUUCAAAGAAAAUGAGAUUUUUCUUAGCUCAGAAGCCGAAUGUUAUUUUCUUUGAAAAUUAGCGAUUUUUCUCCCAAAAUCAGCUGAAUUCUCAGAUUUUUCGGGUUUUUAUUUGCGAUUUUGAAAAAAUUUUUGAUUCUGAGCCUUGAAAAAUGUCCUUUUCUUGAAAAAUUAGCGUUAUUUUGUUCAAAAUGAGUUGCAUUUUCAUGUUUUUCUGGCUGUUAUCUGCAAUUUUGAAAGAAUUUCUGAUUCUUAGCCUCGAAAAAUUGCGAUUUUUCGGCCAAAAUGAGCUGAAUUUUCAGAUUUUGCGGGUUUUUAUAAGCGGAUUUUGAAUAAUUUCGAACUCUGGGCCUUGAAAAUUUGCGAUUUUUAGGUUUUUUUGAUUUUUUAACAGCUAUUUCGAGGGGAUUUGGGGUUUUGAGCAAUGAAAAUAUGUUCUUUUGUUUGAAAAUUAGCGAUUUUUUCGGUUUUUUUGAUUUUUAAUAAGCCGAUUAGGGAGAAUUUUUGGUUCUGCGCCUUGAAAAAAGUCGUUUUCUUGGAAAAUUAGCGAUUUUUCGGCCUAAAUGAGCUGAAUUUUCAGAUUUUUCGGGUUUUUUCUGCAAUUCUGAGAUAAUUUCUGAUUCUGAGCCUUAAAAUAUAGCGAUUUUUCGGCCAAAAUAAGCAAUUUUUCAGGUUUUUUGAUUUUUUAUAAGCCGAUUUGUGAGAAUUUUUGGUUCUGCGCCUUGAAAAACGCAAUUUUUUCGUCCAAAAUGAGCUGAAUAUUGAAAUUUUUCGGGUUUCAUCUGCGAUUUUGAAAGAAUUCCUUAUUUUAAGCCUUAAAAAAUUGCGAUUUUUCAGCCAAAAUGGGCAAUUUUUCAAGAUUUUCGAGUUUUUUAAGCCGAUUUGUGAGAAUUUUUGGUUCUGAGCCUUAAAAUAUAGCGAUUUUUCGGCCAAAAUGAGCAAUUUUUCGGUUUGUUUGACUUUUUAUAAGCCGAUUUGUGAGAUUUUCGAAGGAAAAAUGUCCUUUUCUUCGAAAUGUAGCCUUUUUUCUACCAGAAUCAGCAAUUUUAGAGAAUUUUAGUGAGAUUUUCCAGGUAAAAAUCGAACCAGGAAGUCGCCGGCAGCUACCCAAAGCACUGUGGUGGCUGACGUUGAACAUGGAGCUCUAGCCGUUGUUGAAGAAGAAGAUGAAGAGGUAAAAAUGACGAGAAAAACGGAAAAAAGACGAAAAAAGACGAAAAAAUAAGUGAUGAUGUGCGCUCCAUGGAUAGGGCGCCAAAAUUGGUGAUUUGAAAAUUUUUCGGCGCGAAAUUGAUUGAAUGACCUUUGAACGCCUCAGCAAGAUAUUUUAUAUCCUUUUUUGCCUGUUAAUUUCAAAAUUACGCGAGAAAUAGACAAUUUUAGCCAUGGAGCGCAUUUUCAUGAAAAAUAAUGGCUAUUUUUUCCAAGGCCCAUUUUUCGCGAUUUUUUCAAGAAGCUCCACCAUUUUUUAUCUAACUUUAAAAAAUCCUGGAAAAUACGCAAAUUUAGCCAUGAAGCGCAUUUGCAUGAAAAAUAAUGGCUAUUUUUUCCGAGGCCCCAUUUUUUGCGAUUUUUUGAACAAACUUUACCAUUUUUUGAAUCAAAGUUUGGAGAAUAACGAAAAAUGGAGAAAUUUAGCCUAGGAGCGCAUUUAAUUCAAAAAGGAACGGCUAUUUUUCCAUGGCCCGUUUUCGCGAUUUUUUCAAGAAGCUUUACCAUUUUUUUGAAUCAAAGUUUGAAGAAUCACGAAGAUUAUGCAAAUUUAGCUAUGGAGCGCAUUUGCAUUUAAAAGAACGGCCAUUUUUUCCAAUGCCCGUUUUUCGCGAUUUUCCGGUUAUUUUGAGUUAAAUUUUUCAUUUCCAGCAAUUAUCCCCACAUUCGAUUGCGAUACAAACGGGAAAUGGAUCGAUUUUGGUGGAAGACGCGACGCAAACUUGA